GCCGGCAGGCGGACGGCCGGGCGGUGCUGAAGGGACAGUUCCCGCCGCCAAACUUGCGGGGCGGCGGGAGGGCGGCUGCGGCUGCCCCGAGCCCGCGGGGGGCGGGAGCCAUGGAGACCAUCUGGAUCUACCAGUUCCGCCUCAUCGUGAUCGGGGACUCCACGGUGGGCAAGUCGUGCCUCCUGCACCGCUUCACCCAGGGCCGUUUCCCCGGGCUGCGCUCCCCCGCCUGCGACCCCACGGUCGGCGUGGACUUCUUCUCGCGCCUGCUGGAGAUCGAGCCGGGCAAGAGGAUCAAGCUGCAGCUGUGGGACACCGCGGGGCAGGAGCGCUUCAGAUCAAUAACUCGAUCUUAUUACCGCAACUCAGUUGGUGGAUUUUUAGUAUUUGACAUUACCAACCGACGAUCUUUCGAACACGUGAAAGAUUGGCUAGAAGAAGCAAAAAUGCACGUUCAGCCGUUUCGGAUUGUAUUUCUGCUGGUGGGACAUAAGUGUGACUUGGCUUCGCGACGUCAGGUUACGAGAGAAGAGGCCGAAAAACUGUCGGCAGACUGCGGUAUGAAGUAUAUAGAAACCUCUGCAAAAGAUGCCACAAAUGUUGAGGAAUCCUUUACGAUCUUGACAAGAGACAUAUAUGAACUUAUUAAGAGGGGGGAAAUUUGUAUUCAGGAUGGCUGGGAAGGAGUUAAAAGUGGUUUUGUUCCGAAUACUGUGCAUUCUUCUGAGGAAGCAGUAAAGCCCAGGAAAGAGUGUUUCUGCUGACUUCACACAGGCCACAGAACUAACGUGAACAGAUUGGGCGUCAUCUCAGGAUAAAUACCAACAUUAACUUCAGAGUGAUGCAAUGAAAGCAUUUAAGCAACAGUUACAAACCCAUGCUAACGCUUUUUAGUAAGUGUUUAAUUCAGAGCACUCUGCUUACUUGCCACACUACCAGAUUGGGUAUUUUGCUAAAUUAUGGGGCAGAGCAGACAACUUUUUCUUGAAACUGGAGUGUCUACAGAAUUACUCCCAUUCUCUCUUUGUUAGCAUAUAGCUGACCUUAAUGUCCACAAAUUUCAAUAUUACUCAUUUUUCUUGACAGUUUGAAAUGGGUUUUUUGUGCAUAUAUAGUCUGAUCGAAAACAUUUGAUCAGGAAUUAUAUUCUCAUGAGUUACUUUGUUAAUACUGAAUAGUAAAGUGGAUUUAAAAGUGCAUAGUUCGCUCUCAAAGUAAACAAUCUCAGAGGUCCCAUCAACUAGGACUAAGUAACAACUCCUGCUUAAGGUACCAUGCUUUUAACCAGUCUUCGAAAUAUUUAUGCUCCCUUAAUUUGCCUGAACGUAAGGAAAUAAGUUUUAUACUCAUUUUUGUUCUCUGAUUUAUUGCUCUUGAUAAUUUUAUGUUUUGUAAAAAAUAUCUAAGGAU